AUGAAGAAUGCUGUCCUCUGCUUUACCACUCUCUUCCUUAUGAGCCAAGUUCUACCAGUCCGGGGCAACCUCAAGGAAAUCUGUGAACAUCCAAAUGGUGCCUGCCGAUCAAAUUGCAUUGAAACAGAAGUCUAUGUUGGGAGAUGUUUAAAUAAACGACCUUGCUGCCUGCCCAUGGGGCCUCAACCUAGAGUUGAGAGGGCUGAACCAAAGAACUCAAGCCUUUCACUUGGAUCCUUCACAUUCUAUCCGCCUGCAUAUGACCUGCGCCACAUCAAGCCAGUCAACACUACAGCACAAAAUGGGAAGGAGGUCGUGUGCACCCCACACCUAACUGAGGACCUCUCAACAGCUGACACCUUCUCGGGGAAGAGUCGAGAUUUUGUAUAA